GAUCCCAGACCAAUUCAUUUGUCUGACUCUGAGUCAGACCCACACACGGAACUGUGUACACAGCCUGCGGUGGGGAUCUCUGCUUCCUGCGUUGUAAAUAACAACGCCAAGGCUACGAGCUGAUGUUUAUAGGUUCUUGAGAGGGCGAAGCUGCAAAUAUUAUGGGUGAGCGUGCAGAGCUGCAGAAUUUCUCGGCGAACAGCGAGUCCAACACCGAUCCUGAUCUGUACGGCGCGCGGGAAGACUGGUACGGAACCACCUCGCACCCGGAAGUAAAUAACGCCAAGAAGCCCUAUAAUGGCAAGUCGGUCAAAGAGAUGCUCAGAGAGCUGACAUUGGACGAUCUUAUGAAGAAAGACCAAGACAAGAUCUUGGAGAAGGACAGUGAUAUGAUGUGGUUUCACGGCAAGAUCACCCGGGAUCUAGCCUCGCACAUUUUACACCAAGCAGGCCUCAUCGAGGGCCAGUUCCUGGUCAGGGAGAGUGUGACCGCCCCCGGCGACUAUGUCCUGUCCACUGUAAACAAGGGACAAGUUUUUCACUUCCAGAUUCAGAACGCAGGGAACCUACAAUUCAGUAUAGACGAUGGCCCCGCCUUCCAGGGUCUGGACCAGUUCAUACAGCAUUACCGGAAAGGAUCUCACGGCCUGCCCACCAAGCUAGUGGACCCGUGCAAAGGGAACCCCCCUCCCUCAGAGGCCAGGCGCUAUGGGCCCGACACCCUCCUACACCUAUCGGCGGCAGAGGGCGAUGUCAUGUCAGUACAGGCCAUCCUGGGACACUCUCUUUGCCCCGACAUCAAUGCCAGGUUACUGGCGUGUGCAGGGAACAGAACCAACAUCUGUCGGAUCCUGAUCCUCAGUCCAUCUAGCGUGUGCAGGGAACAGGACCAACACCUGUCGGAUCCUGAUCCUCAGUCCAUGUGUUUGCUGACAGGAGUUAUCAUGACUUUAUUCCAGCUUGCGUGUGCAGGGAACAGGACCAACACCUGUCGGAUCCUGAUCCUCAGUCCAUCUAGCGUGUGCAGGGAACAGGACCAACACCUGUCGGAUCCUGAUCCUCAGUCCAUGUGUUUGCUGACAGGAGUUAUCAUGACUUUAUUCCAGCUUGCGUGUGCAGGGAACAGGACCAACACCUGUCGGAUCCUGAUCCUCAGUCCAUCUGGUGUGUGCAGGGAACAGGACCAACACCUGUCGGAUCCUGAUCCUCAGUCCAUGUGUUUGCUGACAGGAGUUAUCAUGACUUUAUUGCAGCUGGCGUUUGCAGGGAACAGGACCAACACCUGUCGGAUCCUGAUCCUCAAUCCAUCUGGCGUGUGCAGGGAACAGGACCAACACCUGUCGGAUCCUGAUCCUCAGUCCAUGUGUUUGCUGACAGGAGUUAUCAUGACUUUAUUGCAGCUGGCGUGUGCAGGGAACAGGACCAACACCUGUCGGAUCCUGAUCCUCAGUCCAUCUUGCGUGUGCAGGGAACAGGACCAACACCUGUCGGAUCCUGAUCCUCAGUCCAUGUUUGUGCUGACAGGUGUUAUCAUGACUUUAUUUCAGCUGGCGUGUGCGGGUAACAGGACCAACACCUGUCGGAUCCUGAUCCAGCAGGCCGGGGCUGAGCCACAGGACCAGUGCACCACCACGGGGUACGUCCCCCUGCACGAGGCCGCCGCAAGGGGGCAUGUGGAAUGUGUCAAGCUUCUCCUCCAGUUGAAUGCGCCCUGUCAUCCCCGUAACCAUAACAACGAGACACCGGUGGAUCUGGCCAGGCGCUAUGGCCAUGCUGAGGUGGUGGAGAUAUUGGAGAGUUUCAAGCCCCUCUUACCUAUGACAUCAACCAAGGAAUGGCUGCACUCAGACAUGGACAGAAAGGCAGCUACUGAGGCUUUGAAGAAGUUCAGCAACAAGGAUGGGUGUUUCCUGGUGCGGGUCAGUAAGAAGAUUGCAGGGGCAUAUGUGCUGACAAUGUCCGCAUGUAAAACAACCUACAACUUUGAAAUCAAGCAGAAGGACAACCAAUGGUACUACAUAGAUGAUGGCCCACUGCUGGAUUCUUUAGAACACCUUGUAGAGUACUACAAAGGUCGUGCGGACGGCCUGCCAGGGAAGCUGGUCACGCCCAUCUCUGUGCAGGACGUGCUGGACCCGGGCCCACACCACCCACCGGUGGCCAGGAGGGACAGUGACUACACCAGGCGAUGGUCCAUUGGUGAGCCGGACAUGCCCCCACCUGGUCCCCUGCCUCCUAAACCUGUCAAGUGGCCCUCCAGCCAGCCUGCUGGGUCAGAUGUGGACAGUCACAUUGACCUGAAGAUGAUGACCGGCUGCAGUGUAGACGAGGAGGCGCCACAACAGGAAGCACCGCCCCCUCCUGGCCCACGCAGGGAACUGCAGCCCAAAAAGAAGCCGGUGCCGAUUCCAAGCGAGCCCUCUCCACCGCCCCUGCAGCCCAAACCGCAGCGCCCGCCCAUGAUUCGGGUGGAGGACGGGCCAGACAAGGCGCAGAAGCUCAUCCCCAGGGAAUCGCUCCAGCUGGGCCGCGAGCUGGGGCAGGGGGAGUUUGGCUCCGUACUGAUGGGAGUAUGGACCAGUCCUGAUGGGAGGGAGGUUCCAGUGGCCCUGAAGACUCUGCGAGGAGAACACAUCCAGCAUGGUGAGCAGGAGUUUCUCCGGGAGGCCAGGGUCAUGAUGGGAUUGGACCACUUCUGCAUCGUACAGCUCAUAGGAGUGUGUCUGGGGCCACCUAUGAUGAUGGUGCAAGAGUUGGUGUCCAUGGGCUCUGUGCUGGACUAUCUCCUGGACUACCCACAGAAAGUGUCCCUGCCUGACUUGAAGCUCUGGUCAGCUCAGAUAGCCAGCGGUAUGAUGUACCUCGAAGAGAAGAGAUUUGUCCAUCGGGAUCUGGCAGCACGAAAUAUCUUGUUGGCCUGUAAAGAUCAGUUGAAAAUCAGUGAUUUUGGCCUGUCGCGAGCAGUUGGAGCAGGGAGUGACUACUACAAGGCCUCAGCUGGCGGGAGGUGGCCUGUCAAAUGGUACGCUCCUGAGUCUAUCAACUAUGGGACCUUCUCCCACGCCAGCGAUGUGUGGAGCUAUGGUGUGACAUUAUGGGAGAUGUUUUCUUAUGGACAGCAACCUUAUGGUGACAUGACUGGGGCUCAGGUUAUUCAGUUUAUAGAAGAAGAGGGGAAGCGCCUGUCCAAGCCGGACAAGUGUCCGGAGAAGGUGUAUCAGAUCAUGCUGAGGUGCUGGUCCUACGAGCCCAGCCAGCGCCCCACCUUCCAGAUGCUCAACACCAUCUUCAGCGCAGACCCCGAGUACGGCACCCACCAGAUCAGACACAAAUAGAAGUUUGUAGUGCCUAGUGGCACAAAGGGCAGCAAGCUUACCUGCUGUUUUAGUAGCAGGGUAUAUUCUAUAGCCUCCUUUACAGGCCUCUCUGUGGGCAUUUGCACAAGUUGUUGUUGGGGGAGGGGUGGAUUGUAGUUGGUUGUGAUGGACUGGCGAUUUUCAAGCGGGAAGGUUCUGUGGCCUGGAAAGGUAGGCUACAAGCUUCCCGGCAUAUAUUCCUUUCCUGGCAUCAGAACCUUCCUGGUUAAAAAUCUGAGAGUUGGGGAAGAGAAGCCGGUGAAGGAGGCUGAUAUUUUUACAGGGAAGGUUUGAUAGAUCUUUCCCUUUAAAAUGCUUGAGGUACCUUCUUGAUCAAACAGGGGACACCCAUUUUACAACCCUUCCAAAAGACAUCUCUUCCAAAGUGCCAACUGAGAUGCCCUUCUCAGGAUUUGACCAGGGUCUCAUGGUUACCAAGUAAUGGACCGAUCCUGAUCGAACGUCAUAUCGAACAAAUAGAACAAGGUGGAACCCCCUAUUCUAUUUCGAACACCUCCGUCAAAAAUAGCCCCAGUUGGACAGAAAUGGCCAAAGAAAAAUGCUGAAGACUACACCCACCAGUAUAGGUAUUGUGGGAGCGAGAGCCGCUGCAUAGAAUUACAUUGUUGGUGGGCAGGAUGCACGUGUAGUGCAGGGUAUGUAUAAGACACGGGACUCUGCACUGGCAGACUUUGUGGUAAGUGUCCCAUUACUUGGUGGGUAGUACAAGCUCCC